UUACCUGAGGUCACGUGACCCCUCUGCUUGCCGCAGCCAGUCCCCCCCCUCCAGGUGAGACGUCCCCGGGCCGGCAUCGGAGAGACAGAGAAAAGUUGUCAGACGGGUUGGUCGGGUGUGACUCGGCGGGGAGGGAGGGAAGGAGCCAUUGUGAGUAUGGACUGACAGAGCACAGCUGGGAUUGACGACUGGAUCGGAACCGCCAGAGGAGGAGAUCGGCUGGAGAGCAGCCGGGGCUCAGCCAGGUUGCAGACAUCAUGGACACAGAUUAUGAUGAUACAACGUGUGAAGAGGAUUCACAGGCCCCAAAUGAUGAAGUUGUCCCAUACAGUGAUGAUGAAACCGAUGAUGAGUUAGAAACUCCAGAUUCUCCUGAACCAGAACAAAACCGAAUCAAUAAACAAGCAGAACAGAACCGUGAGCAAGCCCCGAAAGAAUGCAAUUGGCGAGUGAAGGCAAAUGACCGAAAUUUCUAUGACCAGCCAGAAUUCCAGCAAAAGACAUACUGCUGCUUUAAGAAGAGCAAAUAUUCGGGGAAUGCAAUCAAGACUUACAAGUACAACCCAGUCACCUUCCUGCCAUUAAACUUGUUUGAACAAUUUAAAAGAGCAGCCAAUGCCUAUUUCCUGGUCCUUCUCAUCCUACAGACUAUUCCUCAAAUAUCCACAGUAUCUUGGUCCACCACUCUUAUACCUCUGCUGCUAGUACUGGGAAUCACUGCCAUCAAAGAUCUUGUGGAUGAUAUUGCGCGUCAUAAAAUGGAUAAUGAGAUUAAUAAUCGACCUUCAGAAGUUAUAGAGGAUGGAAGGUUUAAGAAAACAAAGUGGAAGUGCAUACAAGUUGGGGACAUCAUAAGAAUCAACAAGAAUGAGUUUAUUCCGGCGGAUGUGCUGCUUCUGUCCAGCUCCGAGCCAAACAGCUUGUGUUAUGUAGAGACGGCAGAACUGGAUGGAGAAACAAAUCUGAAGUUCAGAAUGUCUAUUGAAGCGACUGACAAGCUGCUGCAGGAUGAGAAGUCGCUGGCGGAUUUUGAUGGAAUGGUAAUAUGUGAAGAGCCCAACAAUCGCUUGGAUAAGUUUGUUGGGACGCUGCAUUGGAGAGGGAUGAGCUACGCGCUGGAUGCCGAUAAAAUCUUACUACGCGGCUGUACCAUCCGCAAUACGUCCUACUGCCAUGGGCUGGUCCUUUUUGCAGGUGCUGACACUAAAAUUAUGAGGAACAGUGGGAAAACCAGAUUAAAAAGAACCAAAAUAGAUUACUUGAUGAACUACAUGGUGUACACGAUAUUUGUACUUCUCAUCCUGGCAUCAGCGGGCCUUGCUAUUGGUCAGACGUUCUGGGAAGCCAAUUUAGGACAAGCCAAUGUAUCCUGGUAUCUGUACGAUGGGAAUGAAUAUCCUCCUACUUAUCGUGGAUUUUUAGCUUUUUGGGGGUACAUUAUUGUCCUAAACACCAUGGUGCCCAUUUCUCUAUAUGUGAGUGUUGAAGUGAUUCGUCUGGGUCAGAGCUACUUUAUUAAUUGGGAUCUGCAGAUGUACCACGCCGAGAAGGACACACCAGCCAAAGCCAGAACCACAACCCUCAAUGAGCAACUGGGACAAAUCCAGUACAUCUUCUCGGACAAGACCGGCACUCUGACACAGAACGUAAUGACCUUCAAAAAGUGCACCAUUAACGGGGAGACCUAUGGCGAGCAGAGGCAGGAUGCUGCGGAGAAGUCUGGUUAUAGUGAGCCGGUAGACUUUGGCUGGAAUCCACUAGCAGACUCCAAGUUUACAUUUGGUGACCAUUACUUAAUAGAACAGAUCCGAUCAGGAAAAGAUCCUGAUGUCCGUCUCUUCUUCAAGCUGCUCGCUCUGUGCCACACUGUCAUGGUGGAGAAGACAGAUGACUGUGAACUAAUCUACCAAGCGGCAUCGCCGGAUGAAGGGGCUCUGGUGACAGCGGCAAGGAAUUUUGGCUUUGUAUUUCUAACAAGAACUCAGAGCACCAUCACCAUAAGCGAGCUGGAGAAAGAAGCCACAUACGAAGUGCUCGCACUCCUCGACUUCAACAGUGACCGCAAGCGUAUGUCUAUAAUAGUGCGUGAUCCCAAUGGUAACAUUAGGCUGUAUUGCAAGGGGGCAGACACCGUUAUAUAUGAACGUCUUCAUCCAAACAACCCCAUUAAAGAAGAAACUCAGGAGGCACUAGAUAUGUUUGCCAAUGAGACUCUUAGGACCUUAUGUCUCUGCUACAAGGACAUCAGUGAAGAAGAAUUUGAGAAGUGGAGUAAGAGGUAUAUGGCUGCCAGUGUGUCCAUGGUUGACCGGGAUGAAGCUCUGGAUAAAGUCUAUGAAGAGAUUGAAACCAACCUAGUGCUGCUGGGAGCCACAGCUAUUGAAGACAAACUUCAAGAUGGCGUACCCUACACGAUCUCUAAACUUGCCAAAGCAGAUAUAAAGAUCUGGGUGCUGACUGGGGAUAAAAAAGAAACUGCAGAGAACAUUGGCUUUGCUUGUGAACUCCUAACAGAUGACACCAAGAUUUGCUAUGGGGAGGACAUCAAUGCCCUCCUCCAGACAAGAAUGGAAAAUCAGAAAAACCGAACAGCAGGCAAUCCUGGAGCAGCUCAGUAUAACUCGGAACCCUACUUCCAGACUAACCAAAAAUGUUCCCUGAUCAUUACUGGAUCAUGGCUGAAUGAAAUCCUUCUGGAAAAGAAAAAAAAGAAAAAGAAACGCCUGAAGCUCAAAUUUCCCAGAACCGCUGAAGAGAAGCAGAUGGACCUGGUGGAUAAACAGAAAGCAUAUGCCCUUAAAGAGCAACGGCAGAAAAACUUUGUGGACCUGGCGUGUGAGUGCAAUUCCGUCAUCUGCUGCAGAGUGACCCCCAAACAGAAGGCCAUGGUGGUAGAGUUGGUGAAGAAGUACAAGAAGGCCAUCACCUUGGCCAUUGGAGACGGUGCCAAUGAUGUCAACAUGAUUAAAACUGCCCAUAUAGGUGUUGGCAUCAGUGGACAGGAAGGUAUGCAAGCGGUGAUGUCCAGUGACUACUCUUUCGCUCAGUUCCGAUACCUACAGAGGUUGAUCCUGGUCCACGGCCGCUGGUCCUACAUCCGUAUGUGCAAGUUCCUUGGGUUUUUCUUCUACAAAAACUUUGCAUUCACGUUGGUUCACUUCUGGUAUUCGUUCUUCAAUGGAUUUUCUGCUCAGACGGUGUAUGAAGAUUGGUUUAUUGCCUUGUACAAUGUCCUGUACUCCAGCUUGCCUGUCCUUCUCGUUGGCCUUAUGGAUCAGGAUGUCAGUGACAAACUGAGCCUUCGCUUUCCUCGCUUGUAUAUACCGGGCCAGAAGGAUCUGCUGUUUAACUACAAGAAAUUCUUCUUGAGUUUGUUCCAUGGAUUGGUGACUUCCUUGAUCAUCUUUUUCAUACCCUACGGAGCGUUCUUGUUAACCAUGGGGCAGGAUGGAGAGGCCCCUUCCGAUUACCAGUCAUUUGCUGUGACUACGGCCACCGCACUCAUCUUUACCGUCAACUUCCAGAUUGGACUGGACACAUCCUAUUGGACGUUUGUGAAUGCGUUCUCUGUAUUUGGAAGCAUUGCCAUCUACUUUGGAAUCACGUUUGACCUGCAGAGUGCUGGGAUCCAUGUCCUCUUUCCUUCCAAAUUCAUAUUCACAGGAGCGGCGCCAAAUGCUUUACGCCAACCGUACCUCUGGCUGACUAUAGCCCUGACGGUGGCGGUGUGUCUGCUUCCAGUUGUGGCCCUGAGAUUCCUGUCCAAAACGAUGCGGCCCUCAGAGAGCGACAAGAUUCAAAAGAACAGAAAGAAGCUGAAGGCAGAGGCCCUGUGGAGGCCGCGGGCCAGUACAAUCAGACGUGGUGCCGUUGGCCGCCGUUCCGCCUACGCCUUCUCCCACCAGAGAGGAUACGCUGACCUCAUCUCCACCGGACGCAACAUUGGCGCCAAAAAACGGGCUCCACUCGACGCCGUGCUAGGCGGUAACGCAGCUGAAAUGAUCCACGCGGCAGGAACUUCCUGAUUUAGAGACGUUCGUCCCGUUGCCUUUUUAAAGCAAAUACAUGCACAUGAAAGUUACAAUUCUAUUUUUUUAAAUGCUUCCCCUUCUCAGGGCUUUUUUUAUACAGAGAUAAUCCUAUUCUUACAUUCUACGCUACUGGCAGAUUUCUGGAGACCAUGUACACAAGACUGUAUUUUUUUUUUUUUAAAGAAAACUAAGCCUGCAUCUUUUUCUGUGGCCAGUAGGGAGCGCCAAUCAUACGUGAAAGUGACACUUUAGUAAUGACUUUGAUCCUAUGAAGACAUUGGUGGCUGUGUAGUAAGGUGUACAGUGCAGACUUGUCGUUUUUUUUUUUUUGUGGAACUUUUAUUUUGAUCACAGCAAUCUGUGAAAUUGUUUACAUUUUUAGCUUAUUGUCUUUAUUUAAUGCUAAUAAACUGUAGUAAAUGUUUGAGCUCGA